GACAAACAUGGAGAUGACAUGAAUUCAGGAACAGACUAUAGGGAAAGCGACAACGAACUGACAAGGAAAAAGCAAGACUGAAUACACAGGACUAAUCACAACACAAGACACAGCUGGAGAAGGGAGGUGAAACACAGGGACAAAAGGUGAACACAAUCUGACAAUCAAACAGGAGGGAAAACACAGAGACAAGAAGCAAAUAGAGACACGACAGACAGGGGGUGAACACCUUUCAAAAUAAAACAUGAAACCGACAGUCUAUGACAAUUCAAAAUAAAACUGAACAAAACCCUAUAAUCAUGACAGGGAAAGGUUUAGACUGGGUUUCAUCCAUUCCUCUUUAUUAUUGCAUUUGCAGUAGCUUCUCUUCUUAUGAAUCUAAAUCUUUAGUGUCACUGGCAGACCACAUUUCUUUGAGUAGCUCAGAGAAGCAUGUAUCAUAGCAUUCACUAGUACACAACUUUGCAGUUAAGACAUCUCUUUUCAAGACCCCUCCUGUCUAUGAAGAACUUGAGACACAUUUUAAUAGCAGAACAGGAUGGUAUAAAAACCUUGCCUGAAACUAUCACUCACUGCCUUUGUUUGAAUUAAUGGACGCAAUUAUACUUUGCCUGCACUGUUCCGUAGGUAACACUGAAGAUGAGAACACCAUCUAUGACUACAUUUUCUACCUCUACGCCAUCCAUCCUCCUGCAGAACCUAAAGAUGAACUCGUCUGAGCAGUCGGGUCCCUGGCCGAACAGCAGCACCUUGCUACCUAUCAAAUCGUCAAGUUUGGGGAUGUCCUGCUUCACUAUGACAUUAGGCAUAAUUUCCAACCUCACAGCUCUGGGUAUCCUGGCUAAAUCCCGUGUCCGAUUCCGCCGCCAAUCCAAAUCCCCAUUUUUGCUUCUUACUGUAGCUUUGCUUCUGGCUGAUCUUGCAGGUCACGUUAUCCCAGGCGCAUUUGCUUUGUAUAUGCACACAGAUCAGAUGAAUAAAAUAAAGGAUGUGAAUCCUGACAAAUUAUUCUGCAAGAUCUUUGGGGCAAGCAUGGUGUUUUUUGGAUUAUGCCCUUUACUGUUGGGUUGUGCCAUGGCAGUAGAGCGCUGUGUGGCCAUCACCCGGCCCUUUUUCCACGCUGCUAUGGUCACAUUGGGUCAUGUGUGGCGAGUUGUGUUAUUUCUAUCUUCUGUUGCACUUAUGCUGGCAGUUCUACCUUUAUUUAAGGUGGGGACCUACACUACCCAGUUUCCUGGUACAUGGUGUUUCUUGCUUAUCCAUGGUCCAAAGUCUAAAGUUGACACCAAUUUGGCUCUGGCCUUCUCAUGUUUGGGCCUCACAGCACUUACUUUUUCCCUACUGUGCAACAUCCUGAGUGGUCUGGCAUUGCUGCAAGCCAGGAAGAAGUCCCACAAUACAAAAUCAGCAGGUCGCUGCACUCGUCGUGCAUCAUCAACAUCUUCAACCUUUUCUCGUUCGUUGAAUGAGGAGAUGAUGGUGCAACUGGCAGCGAUCACUGUGGUUUCUUGUGUAUGUUGGAGCCCCUUUCUUAUCCAUAUUCUUGUGAUUCAGUUGAAACAAAGAACCUCAGCCGAAGAGAAAGAUGGUUACAUUCUUCUGGGCUUACAAAUGGCAGCCUGGAAUCAAAUCUUGGACCCUUGGGUUUAUAUCUUACUGAGGAAGGCAGUGCUUCUGAGAGUUUGCUGUGCUUUCUACCCACAGCGAGCCAUAGUGACAGAAAAUAGGUCGUCUGAAGACUCACACAGGCAAGCCUUCAUGCUGCAAUGACCAUUUUGCUCU